AUGCACAGACAUCCGGAUUUAUCUCUUCGUAAGCCAGAAGGAACUAGUCUUUCGAGAGCUACAAGCUUCAACAAGCAUAACGUCUCACAAUUUUAUAAAAAUUUGGAUGCUGUAUAUAAGCGAUAUAACUUUGAACCACAAGAUAUCUUUAACUGCGACGAAACUGGUUGUACUACAGUACAAAAGACCACUAAUGUCAGGGUAAUAGCAGCCAAAUCUAAUCGUCAAGUUGGGCGUGUUACUUCGGCGGAAAGAGGCCAGGUUGUUACUGUGUGUUGCACUAUCAACGCCAUUGGUAACACAGUUCCGCCUUUCAUGGUUUUUCCUAGAGUCCACUAUAAAGACAGGAUGAUUAAAGGCGCUCCACCAGGAACAUGUGGAGCCACUAACCCUAGCGGCUGGAUGACAUCUGAAAUAUUUAUGAAAUUUCUAGCACACUUUGCAAAACAUUGCAAGUGCUCAACUGAAAAACCUGUGUUGUUAAUAUUAGAUAAUCAUGAGAGCCACAUAUCCCUACAAUCCUUGGACUUUUGUAAGAAUAAUGGAGUUGUUCUAUUGACUUUCCCUCCACACUGCAGUCACCGGAUGCAACCGCUUGAUGUUGCUGUUUAUGGUCCGUUCAAACAAUAUUACACUCAUGCAUGCAAUGAUUGGAUGAAUACACAUCCUGCAACACCAAUGUGUAUUUUUGAUAUUUCAGAAGUUGUUGGUGUCGCUUUUCCACUGGCUUUCACACAGAAAAAUAUCAAAUCGGCAUUCUCUUCUACAGGUACUAAAUUUAAAUAA